CGGAAGCCUGAUGCUUCACGUGCCAUCGGAAUCCGCGGUCUUGAGUCUACUCUACCUACUUUCUUGCCUUUUCGACUUGGGCAAUAAACAAACAUUAGGCCUCAUAAUAUCAGCAAAUAUAUACAAUUCUCCCAUAUCUGGUCGUCAAAGUUCGUUCAGGAAACAUCCAGAAAUCUUCACCAACUAUGGCGGGCAAGUUCGAACCCAAAACACCAGUCAACCUGGACCCUCCCAAGCUGGAUGUCAAGAUCUCUCGUGAAGAACUUGAGAAGGCAACUGGCGAGGACGGUGGGAAGUGCUACGUUGCAAUCAAGGGACUGGUAUACGACGUGACAGGUAACAAGGCUUACCAACCUGGGGGCUCAUACCACGUUUUCGCGGGACAUGACGCAUCUCGCGCACUGGGAAAGACGUCGACCAAGGCCGAGGAUGUCAGCCCUGACUGGAAGACCCUGGACGAGAAGGAACAGGGCGUGUUGAACGACUGGAUCACCUUCUUCAGCAAGAGGUACAACGUCGUUGGCGUUCUUGAAGGCGCUGAUAAUAUGGAAUAGCCAAGAAAUACAAGUGCCUGACAACGGCUGUUUGAUUUUUUUUCUUCUUUUUUUAAAUCUAUACGUUGGUGUAUAAUCAGUCCAGUCCAGUCCUUCUGGCAUUUGCGCUUCAAAAGCAGCAAGUUGGCCUAAGAAUGCUGUUAUAUUGCGGUAUACCAUACCGACCUUGCAGUAGUGGAUGAACGACAGUCUCUGGCAGGAAUCUGAUUCGUCCUAACGCGAGCAGAGGACUCAUCACGGGCGACUGCAUACCUGAUAGGUUUUCCCGUAAUAAAUAUCAAGACAUCGUGGCGCUUCA